AUGGCAGACUCUACUCCCACUCAGCAGCCAGUGAGAAUCGGCACCCGUCGAUCAAACCUAGCCAUCGUCCAAGCGGAGGGCAUCCGCGAUAAUUUAAAGAAAAUUGCACCACACCGAUCCUAUGAAAUCGUCUCCCUGCACACACUAGGUGACCGAGACAAAUCAACAGCACUAUACGACUUCAACGCCAAGAGUCUCUGGACAACCGAGCUAGAGGAAAAGCUCGUAUCCGGCGAAUUGGACGUAAUCGUGCACUGCCUGAAAGAUAUGCCAACCACACUCCCAGACACCUGCGAGCUGGCCGCAAUCCCGCCGCGCGACAACCCCCAAGAUGCACUGAUCGUCAAGUCCGGGCUGCCCUACACAAGCCUGAAAGACCUCCCCGCAGGCGCAGUAGUAGGCACAUCGUCAGUGCGGCGAUCGGCGCAGCUCCGCCGUCUGUACCCAGGUCUCCGCUUUGCGAAUAUGCGCGGGAAUGUGGACACUCGAAUGGCGAAAGUCGAUAACCCAGAGAGCGAGUACACGUGCAUGAUCAUGUCUGCGGCGGGACUUGAGCGUCUCGGAUUGGAGGGGCGGAUCAAUCAGUAUCUGCGGUCUAGGGACGGGGGUAUUUUUCAUGCUGUUGGGCAGGGUGCUUUGGGGUUGGAGAUUCGGAAGGGUGAUGAGGGAAUGAGGGAAUUACUUGAUGGGUUGGGUGAUGAGAGGUCGACGCUUGCUUGUCUUGCUGAGAGGGCGCUUAUGAGGGCGCUGGAGGGUGGUUGCAGUGUUCCUAUUGGGGUUGAGACGGAGUGGGUUGAGUCUGGGGAUUUGAGAAUGGCUGCUAUUGUUGUUAGCUUGGAUGGGACCCAGAGCGUCGAUGAUGUUGUUGAGGUGCCGGUGAGGAGUGAGGAUGAGGCUACGGCGCUUGGGGAGGACAUGGCCAAGAGGUUGAUUGGGGCUGGGGCUGAGGCUAUUCUUAAGGAUAUCAAUCGUAAUCGGCCGGCCAAGGAUUGA